GAUUCAGUCUUUUAUCCAUGUGAGUUUUGUUCAUUAUUAAUAAACUGAUGUUCGACGGAGCUUUCGCUAUGACGAGCUUAAAUUACGUGAACUCGUCGAGUAGUAUAAUUUCAUCCUUCAGCUUACUACCCUGAUCGUUUCCAUCGCAAAGGAUGUACGAAGAGUAACGUCGUUUCUCGAUUAGAUCAGAAUUAUGAAUUCGAGAUAAUAAUAUAUAAAUAGAGACAACUGCGUGGCAAACAAGAAUUAACAAUUCAGAUGUCACCGGAUGAUCACUGGACGACGUUCUGUUACGAAGGUAGAUCCGCGACAAGCGACAAGUGCGAUUCUGUGUGAUGGAGUUUAUUCAAAUUUCGAGUUUAAGAUGAUUCACACUACAAAUAACGAUGUACAAUGAUCUUCAUUUUUAGUAUGAUAUUUGUUGAAUGUAAGAUAAAACAAAACACAUUUUGGAAUAUUCUUUAUGUAAAAAUAUGAUUUAUUAAUACUUUGCUGAUUUAGUCAAUAUUUUUUCUAGGCCAUAAGUGCCUCCUAAGUCUCCUUUUAACAAAUUUAUUACUGUCGAAGAAUAUAAAUCUAAAAAAUAACAAAUGAAAUAUGCCAAUUAAUUAUCGAUAAAGUAAUAAUUAGAUUAUUAAAUUUAUAAAUAUGAGGUAUAAUGGAUGAGAAAAGAGAAUCAUCUUAUUUUAUGUGAACGUCGCAAUUACAUAUGAAUCGCCUUCAUGUGUCUCUCGCUUAAGGAAAUGUUUGUGGUAUUGCCGCGUAUGACAACAUUGUCUAAGUAAUUCCUUUAAUGUUUAAUAUAUCCAGUAUUAAUAGCUUUUAUUGCUGAAAUCGUUACAGAACUGUGUAUAUAUUUUCACGAUAAAAAUAAGUAAUAUCAAUUAACUAUAAAAAGAAAGAGAUCUUAAGGUUACAUUUCAACAAAUCAUCAUAAUAGGAUGUCGACGGAUUUUUAUAUACGAUAUUAUGUAGGUCAUAAAGGAAAAUUCGGUCAUGAAUUUCUCGAGUUUGAAUUUAGACCUGAUGGUAAACUACGAUAUGCGAAUAAUUCAAAUUACAAGAAUGAUACAAUGAUUCGAAAAGAAGCGUAUGUACAUCAGUGCGUGAUGGAAGAACUAAAGAGGAUUAUUCAAGACUCUGAAAUUAUGCAGGAAGACGAUUCUUUGUGGCCACAACCAGAUCGCGUUGGACGGCAAGAAUUAGAGAUUGUAAUUGGCGAUGAACAUAUUUCGUUUACGACUUCGAAAACUGGUUCUUUAUUAGACGUAAAUCAAUCACGGGAUCCAGAAGGACUUAGAUGCUUCUAUUAUCUUGUACAAGAUUUGAAAUGCUUAGUGUUUUCUCUCAUUGGACUACACUUUAAAAUAAAACCUAUAUAAAUAUAUAUAAUUAUUAUACGAUGUAUUACAAGUUUAAGUAACUUUAAUUACUUCAUUGUGUAAAGAAAUAUAUGAUAAUUUUUAAUUAA